GAGGAACAGGAAGACUCCGCCGACCACACUCUGUCACUCAGAGGAUAAAAAAGUUAACUAAACUUGUCUCAAUCAUGGAAACUAACUUGGGAGACACCGUGGAGACUGGUUACCAUUAACACCGACUCGCUCCUCGCGUUGUACGCAGCGAAACAACUCGCGGAAGGAAGAAGAGCGGAGGGUUUUGUCUUUUUUUUGUCUCAGCCCACGGUUACUCCACCGAGCUAGCGUAGCUAAAGCUAACGUUAGCCCACAUAGCGUCGGAUACUUUUUAAGGAUUUAAAAGUCACAUAGUGGAAGCUCCACGUUGUGUUACACUGAGGACACCGGUGCGGGAAUGUCCUCGGUGUUUGUUGAGUAGAAGCCACAGGUCGUUUGUGUACUUGUCGUCUCGAAGCUCCGGAGCUGAGCUUUGAAUUUCCCUCCUUCAGGGAGACGGACAGGCGGCUUCAGCGGAGGGGCUCCCUCGGUGUCGUUGGCUCUCGACCAAGUCCUUAGCAGCGCUGUGCUAAUUGUGGCUAGUAAGUUAGCCAGGGGGGGGCAAGCCUAACCAACGGUGAAGAUACAUCCGUGUGGGGCAACUGUGUCUUUGUGUUGUGUUGUGUGUGUGUGUGUGGAGAUCACCACCACAAGGGGUUUAUUUUGACAACCGCAUCGAGGAUUAAUCUCUCAGUAUGGAUCCACACUCGGGCAGCUCCGCCUCAGCAUCUGGACCCAAGAAGGACAAGAAGUCGAAGAAGAACUACGAGGAUGGAGAAGGGAAGAAGAAGUUUACACUCAAACGGCUGAUUCCCGACGAGUUGGAGCGUUUCACCAGCAUGAGAAUAAAAAAGGACAAGGAGAAGCCUGGCCAUGUGCCAAGUCAGCGUCACUCUUCAGCCGCCAACUAUGAGAUCAAUCCUCAGGCCGCCAUGAUGCACGAACAUUCUGAUGAAUAUGUCCUGGAGCUCUUUGAAAAGAUGUUGGUGGAUAUGAAUCUGAAUGGGGAGAAGCAGCAACCUCUGAGAGCAAAAGACAUUAUGAUCAAGCGAGAGAUGGUCUCCCAGUACCUCCACACGUCCAAAGCCAGCCAAAACCAGAGAGAGAGCUCUAAAUCAGCCAGGGUGUAUAUCCAAGAGUUAAAGUCAGACUACCGAGACACACAACUGCUGAGCUGCCUGGAAUCUCUCCGAGUCUCCCUCAGCAACAACCCUGUCAGUUGGUUGCAGAACUUUGGAGCUGAGGGUCUGGCCCUGCUGCUGAAUCUGCUGAGAAAACUACAGGAAGAGAAAGACGAGUACCCAAUGAUGGGAGUGAAAUGCCAACAUGAAAUCAUUCGAUGUCUGAAAGCCUAUAUGAACAACAAGCAUGGUUUGAAAUCCAUGCUGGAGUCAGAGGAGGGAAUUCCUCUGCUGGUCCGAGCCAUCAACCCCACGGUGCCUCACAUGAUGGUGGAUGCUGUCAAGCUGCUCUCUGCCAUCUCCAUUUUGGAACAUCCUGAGAACAUCCAUGAACGUGUUUUGGAAGCCAUUACAGAAGAGGCUGAGAAACGGGAUAUUGAGAGGUUUCAGCCUCUCAUCGCCGGCAUGACCAUUCAGAACAUUGCUCUUAAGGGUGGCUGCAUGCAGCUGAUAAAUGCUUUGAUCAGCCGAGGAGAGGAGUUGGACUUCAGGAUCCAUAUUCGCUCAGAGCUGCAGAGACUGGGACUCAGAGACCUGCUGACGGAGGUGCGGACGAUAGAAAAUGAAGAGCUGAGGGUGCAACUUACAGUGUUUGAUGAGCAGGCUGAGGAUGACUCUGAGGACCUCAAAGCACGUCUUGAUGACAUCCGCAUCGAGAUGGACGAUGUGAGGGAAGUGUUUGAGAUCCUGGUCAACACUGUGAAGGACUCCAAAGGGGAAAGCCACUUCCUGUCCGUGAUGCAACAUCUGCUGCUGAUCCGCAACGACUAUCUGGCCAGGCCUCAGUACUACAAGUUGAUAGACGAGUGUAUCGCUCAGAUCGUGCUUCACAGGAAUGGAGCUGACCCUGACUUUAAGUGCCGUAACCUUAGCCUCAACAUUGAAGGCUUGAUAGACAACAUGGUUGACCAGACCAAGGUGGAAACCAGUGAGGCCAAGGCCAGUGAGUUGGGGAAGAAGCUGGAUUCAGAGUUGACGGCGCGCCACGAGUUGCAGGUGGAGCUGAAAAAACUGGAGGGCGACUACGAGCAGAAGCUGCGGGACCUGAGCCAAGAGAAGGAACAGCUGGCCUCUUCUAAGCAGGAGCGAGAGAAGGAGAAUCAGGGUCUACAACAAGAGCUAGGCACUCUGAAACAGCAGAUUGAAACACUGUCUAAGGAUCUGGAAGAGGCCAAGACUAAAGUUAUCACAGUGACCGUUCCCGUGCCAACACCUGGUGUGCCCCCUCCCCCGCCCGCCCCUCCCCUCCCUGGCCAGAAUGUCGGUAUGGCCCCUCCACCUCCACCCCCUCCUCCACCUCUACCAGGCUAUGCAGCCAUACCUUUUCCCCCACCGGCUCCUCCGUUACCUGGUCAAGGCAAUAUUCCUCCACCACCUCCUUUGCCUGGCAUGCCAGGACCGCCACCACCCCCGCCCCUUCCUGGCAUGGCAGGCCCGCCGCCUCCUCCACCCUUACCUGGGAUGGGACCUCCACCACCACCGCCCCCACCUGGGUUUCCUGGUAUGCCUCCACCACCCCCGGGCCCAGGCAUGCCUCCACCACCACCAUUUGGCAUGGGAGGAUGGGGUGCGCCCGCUCCCCCUCCUCUUCCUUUUGGGCUCCAACAGAAGAAGGAUUACAAGCCUGAGGUUCAGCUGAAGAGAGCCAACUGGAGCAAGAUCGGACCUGAAGACCUCUCUGAGAACAGUUUCUGGACCAACGCGAAAGAGGAUAAAUAUGAAAGCAAUGAGCUCUUUGCCAAACUCACCUUGACCUUUUCCUCACAGACAAAAAAGACGGUGCGCUCCCAACCGGGGUGA